AUGCAUACUAACCUUAGAAAUUACAAAAGUCACACGGUAGGGAAAGUGGAAAAAAUAUCAGAGAAACCAUGGCAAACGGAAUUGAGGAAUCAAGGGGAGAAAAUAGCAGCAGAUCUAAAAAUUGACUUUAAUAAGCACCUGCAAAAUGCAGAGAAAAUUUUAUCUGAGAGGGACAAAAUGCUCGACAAAAAAGAAAAAAAUGCCAAGGAAAAAUCAGAUUCACUAGAUAAAAGAGAGAAGGAUCUUAAAGCAAAAGAAAAAGAAUUGGCCGAGAAACUUGAUAUGCUUGAAACAGAAAAAAGAAUUUUGGAAGAAGAUCGGACAAAACUCGAUUGUGAAAAGGAAAAGUGGAAAGCAGAAGAAGAGGUGUUGUUUACAAAGUACAGGAUCAAGGAUAAUAUUCUUAAACUAAAGGUUGGAGAGAAAAUGUUUGAAACCUAUCAGACGACUGUGAUGAAAGAUCCAAAUUCCAUGUUAGCCAUCCGUUUCAGUGGACGUCAUGAUCCUGUUUUAGUUGACGGGGCUCACUUCUUUGAUAGAGAUCCCAAGUAUUUUGAAUAUAUUCUGAACUACCUCAGAGAUGGAAGUAUAACAGCAGAAAUUCUGCCAAAAAAUAAAGAUGAGCUGUAUAAAAUUUUGAAGGAGGCAGAUUACUAUCAGUUGCAGGGUUUGAAAGGGGAGAUCGAAAAAAUCAUUGAACAGAGUAGCAGCAAUAUAGAAGAAGCAGCCAAGAUGACUAUGGGAAGGGAUACAAUGACUAGAGAAAUGAGGAGAAUAGCUCAGGACACCAUGAGAACAUACAGUGCAGAGAUGAGACCGGAUGAACAGAAAGGUAAAAGAAACAAGACGGGAGCAAAUUAACCCUUUAACCCUCAGAGACUCAUAUGGACGCACUGUCACCAUCACAGAUAAUAAACUGUUGGCGUUUUGUAAAUAAAUGAGAUACAACAAAACAAUUGAUAUUUUCUUAAACUAUAGAGAAGGGACUGAACAUUUUGCCACACAAAGUUUUUCUAUGAGAUAUUAAGAUAUUAUCGUUAACUUGAAGUGAAUAUUGAAUAUCCUACCUGGUAGUUGA